AGCCAGCAGCGGCAGAUACCUGAUACUCGGGUUGUGCAAGCACGAAGGGGGAGCCUGGCCCUGCCCGGCCCUUGGGAGCCACCCGGAAGGCCGAGCCCUCUCCCGCCCGCCGGCCCCACCUGGAGAAGAGCUUAAAGGCCGGCCGGGCGGCCCCGUAGGCGCAGCACCAGCACCCACACCAUGCCCGCGGCCCGCAGCGUGCUCGUCCUGGCGGGGCUCCUGGCUCUCUGGGCAGAGCUGCCUCCAGCAUCCGCCCAGAAUGUCACCACCAAAGCCGGCGUGUGCCCGGACCCAGAGACGACGGAAGCAGUCAACUGCACGGUGGGGUGCCAGUCCGAUGGCGACUGCGAAAGCACCCUCAAGUGCUGCCCGGCGGCCUGCGGCAAGGCCUGCCAGAAGCCCGACGAGAAGCCCGGCACCUGCCCGCCCGUCAGCCCGGGGAUCCCCAUGCUGGGCGUCUGCACAAACCAGUGCAAGACGGACUCCAACUGCUCCGGGAACCAGAAGUGCUGCAGGAACGGCUGCGGCAAGGUCUCCUGUGUGACGCCUCUCCACUGAGGCGCAGCCGCCUCCUGCCAGCCCGUCCUCAGGGAAGCUGCUGCCUGAUGCGAGUCCCACACGCCCAGACCCCGGCCCCGCACCGUCCCCCCCCGGCCCGGCCACACUCCUGGCUCAGAGCCUUCAUCCUCAGCUUCCUCUCCGGGGUCCCCUGCUCGGGGUGCGCCACAGCCCCCCGCACUCUCACCAAUAAAGCAGCCUCUCCCUGC